GUCAUUCAUAAUGAAUGAGGCACACAACAUUUGCUUCCGUGAGGCGAUAUUCACCUCCGAUACCGCCGUAGUCGUGUAUUUUGCGCAGGCAUAUUUUGAGAACACUAUUGGACCUUCGUCAAGCUGUUAAAGGACCUCAGGAUGUCCAUGCUCGCUGAGCCUCGUAGGAAGCAUAAGUGGUCUGUCGACCCCAGGAACAGCGCCUGGAGUAAUGAUGACUCCAAAUUUGGCCAGAAGAUGCUUGAGCGAAUGGGGUGGUCCAAGGGAAAGGGUCUGGGGAGGAGUGAGCAAGGCUCAACUGACCAUAUCAAAGUGAAAGUUAAAAAUGACAGCUAUGGGCUUGGAGCAAAUGCCAGCUGUGAGGAUAAGUGGAUUGCUCACCAAGAUGAUUUUAAUGAGCUGCUUGCUCAACUGAACAGCUGCCAUGGUCAAAACGGCAGCAGUGAAACUCCACCAGAUGAGCAGAAAGGCUUCAGUUUGGAAGAAAAAUCCAAGACAUCCAAAAAGAGGGUCCACUACAUGAAAUUCACUAAAGGAAAGGAUCUAUCCAGUCGUAGUGAAACAGAUCUUAACUGUAUCUUUGGGAAGAGGGCUAAAUCAGCAAAAGUCCAAGAUCAG